AUGUCCACAGGAGUAAAAAGAUCAAUCACAGACUUUUUCACAGUUUCGAAGCGGCAGAAAUCAACUCUGGCCAAAACUGCUAAGCCAAUUACGGAUAAGCCAAGUUCUGAAAAAGUUAAGAAAAGCACAGAUGAGAAUUCAUCAACAAAGAUUGUGGCUCCAGGUCUUUCCAUGUUUCAUGUGAGACCACCAAGCAUUUCGCAUAAGUUUGACAAGCAGGCCUGGAUCAAAACUUUAACACCAUAUCAGAAGCAGUUGCUUGACUUAGAAAUAAACACGAUGGACGAUUCAUGGUUAGCAGUGAUGCAUGAAGAAAUGACCAAGUCAUACUUUUUAGACCUCAAGAAGUUCUUAGAAGGCGAGUGGAAGUCUGGUAAAACCAUCUUUCCGCCAAAAGAUGAUAUUUAUUCAUGGUCUAGGCUUGCUCCUUUGUCUAAAGUCAGAGUUUUGAUUUUGGGCCAGGAUCCUUAUCAUAACUUUAACCAGGCACAUGGACUUGCAUUUUCCGUUCAUGAUCCACGCACACGUCCCCCACCAUCACUCAACAAUAUCUACAAGUGUCUAAAAAUUGACUAUCCCGAUUUUCAGAUACCCAAGUCGGGAGAUCUUACAAAAUGGGCCGAGCAAGGUGUUUUGCUUCUCAAUACAUGUCUUACGGUUCGUGCACACAAUGCAAACUCUCACUCUAACCAUGGCUGGGAGAGAUUCACAUCAGCAGCAAUUAGAAAGCUGAUAGAGUACAAAAAUCACGUGGCACAUCAGGGAAUAGUGAUAAUUGCCUGGGGUUCACCUGCCCAAAGAACUAUAGGAAAGGUUGGAAGAAUCGACUGGGGUCAAAACCUCUUUCUUAAAUCCGUCCAUCCUUCUCCCUUGAGUGCUUCACGUGGAUUUUUUGACUGCCAUCACUUUGUUAAGUGUAACGAUUGGCUUUUUAGAAGAUAUGGAGCUGAAGGACUGAUAGAUUGGGCUAUUGUAGAUGGAAACAAGCUUUCUGACCUUGAGGAGAAGAGAAAGAAGUCUUUAGAGUUGGAGAAGGAGGUUGAUAUCCACAAGAGAAGUCCAGAGAAGAGUGAGGAAAAGGACUAG